CUAGUUUAUCGUGUGUAAUUUAUUUUAGCUCUAAAUGAGCUUUAGACCCCCCCAAUAUAUGAAUUUUAGCCCCCCAAGUGUUUGUCGAAAUUCCUCACUGAAUCAAAUCUGUAAUUUUUCAUAUAUUAAGAAAUUUUCUGAUGAGAUACACCUACUUAUUUUGCCUUUGGUUGAAUUGAAUACCAUAACCACAUUCUUGCGUAAGAAAGUAGCCGCGAAAGGUAUACUUCUAAAUCAAACAAUAUGAUCUAUGGAUUGAACUCCAAUAGUGGAUCCUUAGAAGACCAAAACCAUAAAGUCCACUUCUUAUUGGACUCGAGUGUUGAUAUAGCUGCAUUCUAUGUGCUUUUAGAAUAGUUGAUUCAGCUGGAAUUCCAAAUAGUUGAGUUAGUUUAUCUCAAUUGGAUUUGAACCAAUUUGCUACUCAGGAAUGUUUUCGACGUUUGCCAGAAUAUUUCUUCAAAGGACUUUGUAUUCGACUACAUUCACCAACAACACCAGCAUUUUUAGAUGUAUUAAAACUAUAGCACCUUCCAUCGACCAGUGCAGCAAUCCUUUCAGCGGUAAAGGUAGUUGUGGCAGAAGUGUGCCUAAUGAUGACUACUUUGCAACAAUUCAUCAUGUAUCUAACAUUGUACGGCGGGAUAUUUACCUGGAGCGGACUCUUAACAAGAUGCAUAUUUCAAGAAUUGUCAACUCUGAACUGGUGUACCGUGUGCUUCGAAGUUGUUGCCAACAUGGUAUCGAAUCUUUUCGUUUCUUUAACUGGGCUCGGACUCAACACCCUCAGUAUGAUCCAACUACCGUAGAGUUUGAAGAACUUCUUAAGACCCUUGCCCGGACUGCCCACUGGGAGACAAUGUGGAAAGUAGUCCAGCAGAUGAAAGCCCAAAAUAUUCCUAUCUCACCGUCCAUUGUUUCAUUCAUUAUUGAACACUAUGGGAAGCGUGGUCUCAUUGAUCAGGCUGUCGAGCUCUUCAAUCGGCUCAACAACUUCGGUUGUUCUCAAACUACUGAAGUAUACAAUGCUAUGCUUUUCGCACUCUGUGAGGUCAAGAAUUUCCAAGGGGCCUAUGCAUUGAUUCGGAGGAUGAUACGAAAAGAUACUGUUCCAGAUAAGCUGACAUAUUCUAUUCUUGUAAAUGGCUGGUGUUCUGCCGGGAAGAUGAGAGAGGCACAAGAGUUCUUGGAGGAAAUGAGUCGAAAGGGCUUCAAUCCUCCUGUACGUGGGAGGGACCUGCUAAUUGACGGGUUGCUCAGUGCUGGAUAUCUAGAAUCAGCUAAAGGAUUGGUGAGAAAAAUGACAAAGGAGGGGUUUGUGCCAGAUGUUGGAACAUUCAAUUCUUUGGCAGAGGCUAUAUGUAAAACUGGGGAAAUCGACUUUUGCAUUGACCUUUUCGAUGAUGUUUGUAGAUUGGGGCUUUGUCCUGAUAUUGAGACUUAUAAGAUUGUCAUAACUGCUGCAGCAAAGGCUGGUAGGAUUGAUGAGGCAUUUCAGAUUCUUCAUAGGUCAAUUGAAGCUGGACAUCGGCCAUUUCCCAGUUUAUAUGCUCCAAUUCUAAAAGCUUUCUUCCGGAGAGGACAGUUUGAUGAUGCAUUUAGCUUUUUCAGUGAUAUGAAGCUGAAAGGGCAUCCACCAAAUCGACCUCUUUAUACCAUGUUGAUAAAGAUGUGCUCUCGUGGAGGUAGAUUUGUAGAGGCAUCUAAUUAUUUAGUAGAGAUGACCGAGUUAAAUUUGUUGCCUAUGUCACGAAGCUUUGACAUGGUGACAGAUGGAUUGAAGAAUUGUGGAAAGCAUGAUCUAGCCAAAAGGAUCGAGCAGUUGGAGAUAUCUGUCAAGGGCAUCUGAAUUAUUAUUGUGGAUCGUGCAGUUGGUGAUAUCUCUCCGAUAGACUCAAGGCUGUGCGAAUGACCUGCCCUUUGUUUGAUACAACACAUUGGAUGAGGAAUCUGGAACGAUCUUACUUUAAGACGUGGAAUCUCUAUUGCUCCGGCCAGCAUCCUCAGCCCUUCAAAGUGACUGAGAAUGGCGCGGAAUUUCCUUUCGAUCGUUAAAUGUGGGAAGGAGGAGAAAACAGGACUUCUUGUUAUGAUUUUCUCUUUGCAAGUAAAACUCAUUUUGCAUUUUCCUUUGCA